CGCAGCGUUCCGAAGGUCGAACAGCUCAUACAGUUGUCCUCCAGCCUCCUUCGUUCUUUUCUGUUUGCCUUGUGCCCUUCCUCACUGGAUUACCUUGUUGCCCGAAGCUGUUUCGGCGUCUUACAUCUCUCAUAGACUUGUCCCUGAGGAGCUCAGGAGGCAUGCAAAAUUCUCGACGGAUUUCAUUGGGCGCUCGGUAAUCAGCGGCGGCGAACAGCGCGCUCCGGACACGCGGGUAAUGCUGGAGCGGGCUUCGACAUGUCUCGAAACCGGAGGGCGACACCUUUUGCGAACACCGAAAUCAUGUUUGCGCAAUCGCCGAGCGUUGCACUCGACGUUCUGGCGCCACGGCGGCAGCGACUUAAGCCUGCCUGUCUGGUGGGCGUCCGUCGGUCCCAACGAUCGAACCGACGGUGACAUUGACUCUACCUCGGGUCCGGCUCUGUCGACUGAGUCACGGAAGCAGGAGACUCAACUGCUCGACUUUCUGUAUCCUGAAAAGACUCUUGCCUUGUUGCAGCGGAUUUCAAAAUACAACAACGAUGCGGUUGAGACUCGCCGGAAGCAACAGCUCAAUGGGUUCGGCAUCCGGCACUUCUCCACUAGUCCUUGGAUGGCCCAUCAAUUGACUCGGAAAACCACAGAGAUUGAUGGAAAGGCCUUGCAGAGAGAACUGGAGGAGAGGUUGAGAGAGGAAACCCCUCCGAAAGCGCUGCAGGCCCUGCUGGAUUCAUCCCAGGAGCCUAAGGCGGAACUGGCAUGGAACAUGUAUCUCUCUGUCCCGGAACCCGAGCGCAGUACGGAACUCAGAGUUCAUCUUCUUGAAUAUCUUAUGCGAGGUAAAUUCACGGAUCCAAACGGUGUGCUCGAUGUGUUUAACGCACUUCCGCGCUCUGCUCGUAGAGCCUCCUCAUUCAGAGCCGCGAUAUCCGCCCAUCUUACCCUAGGUAUGGUUGGAUCGGCUGUACAGCUCCUUGAAGAAGCAGCUUCAACGGAUAUCGGCUCCGACAUUGACAUCGGCACGGACAUGGUUCUCGGUUCCGCCGUGCAAGACAAUCAGUGGGAUCUCGGCAUACGUGUUCUCAAGAGCUUCAUGUCUCUUGCCUCUCGCAACCAUUUCGAUCUCUCUGGACUUUAUUCUGACCCCAAACGACAGAAGUCGGAGUUCAACGUGGUUUGGGGCCGGGUUGCGCAACUUCCGUAUUUGCGCGGUCACAUGGACAACUUUCUUGUGCACCUCCAGACAUUCAGCCACGAGCUGCAAUCGACCGAAGGGAAUCGAGAAGUCCUACGACAUUUCGUAAUGGGCAUGGGCGUUGAGACCACAGAUCAAGUCCUCAAUGCUCGGCCUGUAGACGAAGAUGCAAUCGGCGAGUUUCUUCUAACUCUCUUUCGGAGAUUGCGCACGUUGGGCCAUUCCAAUGCGGGCUUGUACGAAUAUGUCAUUCGACGGAUGUUGCAAAUUCCGAGAUACCGGGUGUAUUCCAAUCAACGCAAGAGUUAUCUUACCAUCUACCGUAUGUAUCGGGACGAGUGUGAGGCAGGCUCGAUGCUCUCAGCGCGGCCGUCAAAGGAGCUGUUGCGAGAGAUGCUCGUCCAAGUUGGCAAGCACCGUAGCAGCAAAUACCUCACGAAGAUCGUGGGCGAUUUUCGCUUGUUCUACCCUGGCAAGAGUCUGCCCUACAAGAUGCUCAGAUAUGUUCUGGAUUAUUAUGCCGGACUCGGGAAAGUGGAUGAAGUCCACAAGUACUUCGAUGAGUUCUACAAGGCCUACCGACCUCAAGUCGAUGUGGCAAUUUUGACAGCACUCCCAUACGCCUAUGCAAGACGAGUCGACAUUGAAGGAACUGAGAAGCAGUUCGCAAGAAUUUCCCAAGAGUUUGGAAUGACACCCGACAUCGUUGCGUGGAACGUAUUGCUCCAUGCCUAUACUAGGGCAGAUAACCUAGAUGGGGCUUUGGUGUGCUUCAAUAGGAUCCUUGAAUCUGGUACGGUUCCCAACGUGAGGACAUUCGGCCCUCUAUUGGAUCUGUGUGCCGCAAGAGGAGACAUAGAGGCUUACGAUGCCCUCUACGCUAGAGCAGAACAACUUAAUGUGCCUAUUCGGGCCGACGUCAGAGCAAGGGCAGGUUUCGUCCAAGCCCUCCUGAACUUCGAUGAUCCAGAGGGUGCAGAAGCGACUGCUCAGUCGAUGUUGAGGCAUCAGCAGUCGGGAUUGCUCCAAGGCAGUCUUACCCAUACUUGGAACAUGUUGAUUCAGUAUUACGCCUUGAAAGGGGAUUUGGAAAAUACCCGACGUCUAUACAGGGAGAUGCUUGAAAUGAAGAUUCCCCUGGACGAGUGGACUUACGCGUCGCUAAUGCGAGCCCUGAUCGAGGUCAAGCAAACCAAUGCGGCCUACAAGAUUUUGCGGGUUACGAUGCCGAACAAUAACAUACAAGUCCAUGCAUUCCACUACGCGCUUGUCAUCAUCGGGUUCCUCCACGAGCGACAGUAUAAGCAUGCUCUGCAUGCAAAUAAACGGAUGAAAGAUCGCAACGUGCCGCAAACCGCGGCAUCACGCAUGGCCUCUCUCCAAGCCACUGCCAUAGCAGAGCUUCACGCGCUCAAGAAGGCCAGAGAUCCAGAUCCGCGCCGGCGGCUAGCGGAGGUAGAAAAGGAGAUGCGGGAAAUCCUGCUUUCCGACUAUCAGGCCGACGUCGCUUUGCGGGAGCCGAGUCACGCUCGUCUCAUUGACGCAAGGCACCAUAGCGCGCCUGAGGGGUACUUUGGGUUUUUGAUUCUGCUCUAUGGUGCACGGGGGGCGUACGACAUUUGCAAGGAGUUAUUCCAAGCCGCGUCUAUAGCGCGUCCCGUGGCGGCCAACUACGAAGCUCCCAUUACUCUACUCACUGCUAUCAUGGACGCCCAUCUGAGAGCGAAAGAGUAUGACGAGGUGGACAAGUGCUGGAAGCUGGCUCGGUCGCAGGCCGACAAACUCGUCAAAACCUUGCAACAAAUCAUGGAUCCUCCCACUCCCAAACCCACGAACGACUCUCUCCUCGACCCCGAGAUUGAAAAGCAGGCGGCGAACUCGACGAUAGCCAGAAACCGCCGCCAGGUGCUCAUCCUCGCCAUGCGCCUCUACAUCCGCAGCCUGCUCCAACGCCCAGACGAAGACGGCCAAUUCCUCACCCAAGCGCAGCGCACCAUCAAAGACCUCCUCACCAGUGGCUUCGCCAUCGACAACAUUGCCUGGAACGAAUUCAUCCAGGAGCUCUGCAGCCGCGGUCGCCUCAUCGACGCCUUCACCGCCUUUGAAACAUACCUCAUGCCCGAGUUCCCCGGCUGGCGCAACCUCAGCCCCGUCUACAUUCGCAAGGACCAACCGGGCCACAAGUGGAUGGAGCUGCGGCAUACCGACGUGAAGAAGCAGUCCAUGUUCCCGCGGUACAAGACGCUGGUGGUCCUGGCGCGGGCGUACGCGGGCGUCAGAGAGCAGGAGGCGAAUGGGAUAGGGUACGAUCCUGAGAUGGGCGGGUGGACGAGGGAGAUUCUGGAGAAGUUGGCGCCCAUGACGGUGGAUGCGAUUGUGACGAUGCCGCGGACGGGGGAUGUGCUGCAGAGGCAGUAUCUGGCGGGGUUGUUGUAGGGAUCUUGAUGUUGGUGUUUUUGGUUUGUAGGUAUGUGUCUUGUGUUAUGUAUAUAUAUAUGCAGGUGCCCUUUUGUCACGGGAGGCUUCUUGCUCUUAUGGAAGAUGUUGUAGGAUAGGUAUACUAUGUACGGCCUGGGGAACGUACUGUAUACGCACCAUGUACGCUCAUUGCAUGAGGGAGUGGAAAGGUACUUCGUAUCGGCAAGCUCUGAAUGAUUCAAAUAUG